AUGGUUAAAGCAGUUGCUGUAUUAAGAGGUGACUCCAAAGUCAGCGGAGUUGUUAAAUUUGAACAAAGUACCGAGUCAGAACCAACAACCAUUACAUGGGAAAUUUCAGGAAACGACCCAAACGCUUUGAGAGGUUUCCAUAUUCACAGUUUUGGUGACAACACCAACGGAUGUACUUCUGCAGGUCCUCAUUUCAACCCAUUUAGCAAAACUCACGGUGCUCCAGAGGACGACGAAAGACAUGUUGGAGAUUUGGGAAAUAUCUCUACUGAUUCCAAUGGUGUCGCAAAAGGAACUAAACAGGAUUUACUUGUUAAAUUGAUUGGUAAGAAUUCAAUUUUGGGAAGAACCGUUGUUGUGCACGAAGGUACUGAUGAUUACGGAAAAGGUGGAUUUGAAGAUUCUAAAAUUACUGGCCACGCUGGUGGCAGACCAGCAUGUGGUGUUAUCGGCCUUGCUGAAUAA